AUGAUUUCCAAGACAAUUCUUCUUGCUGCUCUCAUUGCCUAUGCCGAGGCGCGCUUCGGUCAAGAGCAGGAGACCCAGGCCCAAAUCGCGGGGGUAAAGGGUGGUGCUCCCGGCGCUGCUGCCACCAUCGCUGGUGCUUCUAUCAGCGAUCUUCUCGGAGCUGCAAAUGCUUGCCAGAAGCUCAUCACCGCCGACAAGAUCGUUGCCGACCUUGGUGGAGGGCAAGAUGCCAUCGAUGCCGCCAUUGCCCAUGUUGCGGCGGAGAAGAACACCAACCCCGACGCCAACGGCAAUGCACAGAAGGUUUGUGCUGAUCCGGCACUUCCUGCUACGGAGGCUCUCCGUGGUAUCACGCCGCUCAUCGACCCUGCCGUCGACAUCAAUGGCGAGGUCAACGCGUUGAGUGCCCAGACUCGUCAGCAGCCGCUCGACGCCACUGGCAAGAGCGUUUUCGACUUGAUUGUCGAUGCCGGUCUGGGUGACUUUGUCGUUCCCGAGGGCGGUGCUGGCGGAGCUGCUGGUGGAAACGCUGGUGGUAACAACGGCAACAAUAACAACAAUAACAACGCCGGAAACAACGCUGGAAAUAACAACAACGGCAACAAUAACAACAACGCCGGGAACAAUGCUGGUAAUAACGGCAAUGCUAACAACGGCGAUAACGCUGACGAAGAUGCCGCCGCAGACGAUGAUCUUGAGUGCGAUGACGGUGCUGCUGGUGGUGACAAUGGCAAUGCCAACAACGGCAAUGCUGGCAAUAACAAGAACAAUAAUAACAACAACGCUGGAAACAACGCUGGAAACAACAACGCUGGAAACAACAACGCUGGUAACAACGCUGGCAACAACGCUGGCAACAAUGCUGGCAACAACGCUGGCAACAAUGCUGGCAACAACGCUGGCAACAAUGCUGGCAACAACGGUGGUGCCGCUGCCGGUGGAGCAGACUUCGGUCUCUGCACGCCCACCAUCAUCUUCGAAGGCGGACAGAACGGCCGCCCGGCCGACGAAUUCACCUUCCAGAUCGCGGACCCCGUCGCGCGCGGCGGCCAAGGCGAGGCUCUCAACCCGGCCAUCAUCACCAACGCUCUCUGCAACCAGCUCAUCAACGUGUGCGAGGCCAACGACGCGGCGGUGCAGGCUUGCCGGGCUGCUGAGAAGCAAGCCCUCGCCCUGGGUACGAGGGACAAGGCGGUUGCCGACACGUUCAACGCGGCCAUUGGGUUCGCCGGUGCGGUCACAAACCCCAGCGGUGGACCGGCGGAGCCUCCUACUGCUGCCAGGAAGAUGAGGAGGGGUCUGCGCUUCCGCGCGUAG